AUGAUGAUGAGUGUGCUGGGCCUCAUGCUCGUGCUUGCCGUGGCCGCCCUCUUCUAUAAGAAGGCUUUGGGCAGCAAUGAUGAGCUGUGGAUCAUGAACCUCGGCAAGCCACCAUCCUCGAAGGACUUCUGCGACACCUUGACGAACUUCCUUCACAGCCAGCAACACAUGCAGGAGAAUGAGGUGCGAAAAGUGGUGGAGGCGCUCUGUGUCUACGACUACUGUGACGUGAACGCAUCGAUUGUCCUCCUCAACACGGAGCUAGGCUUCCGCAGCAAGCUCACAGAUGCAUUGGCCAGGCGCCGGAUUACCUCUGCGGGAUCGUUUGCUUCCCUGCCUGCAGGAAGUAAGACAAAGCAACUGGAUGCCAAAGUAGAAAACGUCGCCGAGAAAGGCGUCUGCCACGAAAACAAUCAGGACGAUGCUGAGGUUGCCGAAGCAAAGAUGGAGCUUCACGCAGAGGAGACCCGCACGGAGUGGGCUUGA